CAAGGUAUCAACUAUCAAGCAGAGGAGGAGGAGAGAGGAGGAAGAGGAGUAAGAAGAAGAAGAAGAAGAAGAAGAAGAUAGUUUUGUGGUGCUUGGUAUUCUCCAGUCAUGGCUAUGGCUUUCAGAAUGAGCACUCUUGGGAUGUCAGUCUCUGAAGAGUGCAAGAACAUGUUCAUGGAACUAAAGAAGAAGAAGGUUCACAGGUUCAUCGUCUUCAAAAUCGACGAGCGAUCGAAGCUGGUAAUGGUCGACCAGGUCGGCGAUUCCGCAGCCAGCUACGAAGAGCUAACCGCUUCCCUUCCAGACGACGAUUGCCGCUAUGCGGUCUUUGAUUUCGACUUUGUCACUGUUGACAAUUGCAGGAAGAGCAAGAUCUUCUUCAUUGCCUGGUCACCAAGUGCCUCAAAGAUAAGAGCAAAGUUUCUCUAUGCGACCUCCAAACAGGGCCUAAGAAGAGUGCUGGAUGGUGUUCAUUAUGAGCUGCAGGCAACAGACCCAACAGAGAUGGGAAUUGAGGUCAUUAGAGACAGAGCCAAAUAGAUUCCGUCGUUUUCCCUUUUUUCCUUUUUAUCUUUUACCUGGUCGUCUGAAUAAUUUAUGGCUACAAGUGGAACUAAUAUAAUGUAACUGCUACUGUUAUGGUGCUCGCUGCUUACUGAAACUGAAUCAAUACAUGGAGAUGUGAUUAUAUGACAUGUAUCGUGUCCUUCCGUCUUAAUAAAAAUCUGUGGUCAUCAAUUAUUGCUGUCAA